UUGUUUUAAUGUUUGGGAUUCAGGAAAAUAUACCAAGAGGCGGGACGACCAUGAAAGAAGAGCCGCUGGGCAGCGGGAUGAAUCCCGUCCGCUCCUGGAUGCACACGGCCGGGGUGGUGGAUGCUAACACGGCCGCCCAAAGCGGCGUGGGGCUGGCUCGGGCACAUUUCGAGAAACAGCCGCCUUCCAAUCUCAGAAAAUCCAAUUUUUUCCACUUCGUCUUAGCUCUGUACGACAGGCAGGGGCAGCCAGUGGAGAUUGAGAGAACAGCUUUUGUGGACUUUGUGGAGAAAGAGAAAGAGCCAAACAAUGAAAAAACUAACAAUGGAAUUCAUUAUAAACUUCAGUUAUUGUAUAGCAAUGGCGUCAGGACGGAGCAGGACCUCUACGUUCGCCUCAUAGACUCAAUGACCAAACAGGCCAUCGUCUACGAAGGGCAAGACAAGAACCCCGAGAUGUGCCGGGUCCUCCUGACACACGAGAUCAUGUGCAGCCGGUGCUGUGACAAGAAAAGUUGUGGCAACAGAAACGAAACGCCCUCAGACCCCGUUAUCAUUGACAGAUUCUUUCUAAAGUUUUUCCUCAAGUGCAAUCAGAACUGUUUGAAGAAUGCAGGCAACCCGCGAGACAUGCGAAGAUUCCAGGUUGUUGUAUCAACAACAGUCAAUGUGGAUGGCCACGUGCUGGCUGUCUCAGACAACAUGUUUGUACACAACAAUUCCAAACACGGGAGGCGGGCUCGCCGCCUUGACCCCUCAGAAGGUACGGCCCCUUCUUAUCUGGAAAAUGCUACUCCGUGCAUAAAGGCCAUCAGUCCUAGUGAAGGCUGGACUACUGGUGGGGCUACUGUCAUCAUAAUCGGAGACAACUUCUUUGAUGGCUUACAAGUCGUAUUUGGAACUAUGUUGGUCUGGAGUGAGCUGAUAACACCCCAUGCCAUCAGGGUUCAAACACCACCACGGCACAUUCCAGGAGUUGUUGAAGUAACUCUCUCCUACAAAUCCAAACAGUUCUGCAAAGGUGCUCCCGGCCGAUUCGUCUACACUGCACUUAAUGAACCAACCAUAGAUUAUGGCUUUCAGAGGUUGCAGAAAGUUAUUCCACGACAUCCAGGUGAUCCCGAAAGGUUACCAAAGGAAGUAUUACUUAAGAGAGCAGCAGACCUUGUCGAAGCCCUAUAUGGGAUGCCCCAUAACAACCAGGAAAUAAUCCUGAAACGAGCAGCUGACAUUGCUGAGGCGUUAUACAGUGUGCCACGCAAUCACAACCAGAUCCCCACUCUAGCCAACACUCCUGCUCACACUGGCAUGAUGGGGGUGAACUCCUUCAGCAGCCAGCUCGCGGUUAAUGUUUCCGAAACAUCACAAGCGAACGACCAAGUAGGUUACAGUCGCAACACAAGCAGUGUUUCCCCGCGAGGAUAUGUUCCCAGCAGUACUCCUCAGCAGUCCAAUUACAACACAGUCAGCAAUAGCAUGAAUGGAUAUGGCAAUGCCGGCAUGCCCAAUCUAGGUGUACCAGGUUCCCCUGGAUUUCUUAAUGGCUCCUCAGCUAACUCUCCUUAUGGCAUAGUGCCGUCAAGCCCUACCAUGGCAGCCUCUUCGGUCACCCUCCCUUCAAACUGUAGCAGUACACACGGCAUUUUCUCAUUCUCACCUGCCAAUGUCAUCUCUGCAGUGAAACAAAAGAGCGCCUUUGCUCCUGUUGUCAGGCCCCAAGCCUCUCCUCCACCAUCUUGCACCAGUGCAAAUGGAAAUGGACUUCAAGCUAUGUCUGGGCUUGUAGUCCCGCCAAUGUAAAGUCACUUUUGUUUACCUACCGUAGCACCAAGCUUCAGAGGAUGGGCUUAGGGGACAAGUUUAGUAUAUUAAGACAUGCUGAUGGAAACAGUAUCUUCACACAGAAUCAGCAACAAAUCGAAAUGCUACAAAAAAAAAAAAAAGACUUUGUUUAAAGAUUUUAUUUAAACUAUUAAGAAUCUACAUGCAAACAACCUACUUCUUCAUGAACAAUUCCAUUUUAUUGACUGAAUUUUUCUCAUAUUUUCACAUUUCUCAGUCCUGAAGAAUAAGGAAAAAGCGACGCCUAUUUUGU